UGCUCUAAUGCUCAGUCCUGCUCUCUCCCCUACAGUGUGAGAGAAAAGUACAGCUUGUGAAUGCGAGUACACAAGAAGUGGGAUCCGUCUUUCUCACUCAGCGAUAGAACGAUUUUUGACCCUUGGAGUGCCGAUCUCGGUUUUCGUUUCCCCAUUCUACCCCCUACGGCCUUCUCCUCUCUCUCUCUCUCAGAGUCUUAUCAGAGAGUUUUCGUAAUAUUCUUCUGGCAACAAAUGAGAGGGCGUCGAAGUCCUCAGUUGCUUCCAAGUUUCCAGUCUAUAAUAACUUAAAUAUCUUCACUUUGGCUCCUCCUCUUCAUUCUACAUAUGUAUGUCUAGAUUCGCUUUUCCAGCAGUAGCAACAGCAUCGACUUCUUAACCAUGGCUUGGCCUCCUCCCUUUACUUCUUUUUGUUCAUACUUACUAUUCGUUUUCUUUUUCGGUUUGGGGUCCCGGAUCUGUUAUGGAUUCGACAUCCACCACCGCUUCUCCGAUCCCGUUAAGGGAUUUCUCGGCCUCGAUGACCUCCCGGAGAAGGGAAGCUUGGACUACUACGUUGUCAUGGCCCACCGUGACCGCUUAAUUCGCGCCCGUCACCUCGCCGCCAGCUACGGCCAGUCCUCGCCACUCACUUUCGCCAACGGAAACGACACUCUCUUUAUCGGCACUUUGGGAUUUUUGCAUUACGCCAAUGUUUCUGUGGGGACACCAAGUUUAUCCUUUUUGGUGGCAUUAGACACAGGCAGUAAUUUGUUCUGGCUACCAUGCGAUUGUAAGAAAGAUGGCUGCGUUACUGGCUUGCAGACAUCAUCUGGAAUUCAGGAAAUAAAACUCAACAUCUACAGCCCUAAUAAUUCAUCAACAAGUGAAAAAUUAUCCAGCGGCAGCACCCUGUGCAGACCAAGUGAUCAAUGGUCUUCAGCAAGUAGUAAUUGUGGUUAUAAAAUUGUGUAUCUUUCUAACAAUACUUCAUCUACUGGGAUCUUGGUAGAGGAUGUUUUACGCUUAGUUACAGAUGAUGAUCAAUCAAAAGCUGUUGACGCUCGGAUUACAUUUGGUUGUGGUCAAAAUCAGACUGGUACUUUUUUGAUGGGUGCAGCACCAAACGGUCUGUUUGGGCUUGGCAUGCAAGAUAUAUCCAUACCUAGCAUCUUAGCAAAAAAUAGGCUAGCUUCAAAUUCCUUUGCAUUGUGUUUUGGACUUGAUGGGGUUGGGAGAAUCAAUUUUGGAUUUAAUGGCAGCUCAGACCAAAGUGAAACACCAUUCAAUGUUCGGCAAUCACAUCCAUCUUAUAACAUCAGCAUCACUCGAAUAACUGUGGGAAGCAAUUCUUCUGAGCUGGAGUUCAGUGCCAUCUUUGACUCUGGUACAGCUUUCACACACCUAAGUGACCCGGCUUAUACUUUUAUUUCUGAGAGUUUCAAUUCCAAGGUUGAAGAAAAGCGGCAUUCACCUGAUUCUGUGAUCCCCUUUGAAUACUGUUAUGAAUUACGUGCAAACCACAGCAACUUUAAAAAAAUCCCUAGUAUGAAUCUGACAAUGAAAGGCGGAGACGACUAUUUUGUCAAACAUCCAACUGCAUUGAUCCCAACUCCGGAGGGUGGAUAUUUGUAUUGUCUGGCUCUUCUCAAAAGUGAAGAUAUAAACAUCAUAGGACAAAACUUCAUGAUUGGUUAUCAUGUAGUUUUUGAUCGUGAGAAGAUGAUAUUAGGUUGGAAGGACUCAAACUGUUACAAUGAUGAGAGUUCUAACACUCUACCCAUCAGCCCAGCACCAUCUUCUGUGGUUUCCCCUGUUCUUCCUGUUAUCCCAGUAACCACGGAAGGCAAUGGAAACAAUUCUCAUACGCCUGCGGCAGCACCAUCCAGUUAUUCACCCAAGUUGAAGUCUUUUACUUACACAGUCACAAUUCUUCUUCUUUCUAUUUUUGUUAUUGUUUGAUCACUUUCCUUAUUUUGUGAGACUCCCCCAACCGGUGUACUAUAUAAAUAUAUACAUAUACUAGUCUUCAUUGUAUUUCUUUUUUAUUUUUUACACUAUAGGCUAUAUAAGAAUCGGAAGGUCAGUUGGUGCCCUACUUUUUAAUGUUCGGUAGCAUUAAUUGGAGCAUUGGGUUGCAAGUAACAUGGUAAAGAUAUUUGUAAUUAGUAUAAGUAGAAACCAAUUCAGGCUGAAAUAUUGGAAAUCUCUGCAGCCUAUACUCUGUGAUAAACAAUAAAACUGCGAUGCUGCUCAUGUACAUUAUUUUUCUUGAAAUUGUGCGGACAAUUUAAUGUUGUGUUGAUUAUAAUAUGAAGUUAUUAUGGUGUGUAAGAAA